GUUCUGUUGCAAUGUAUGUAUGGACCUCCGUCAAAUUCUUAAAGUUCGCAGCUCAAGUCAAUUAAUAAUAAUGCACAGUCGCUAACUAAUUACUGGACUGUAAUUUGCAGUGUGGGAAUCAAAGUUUGAUAUUGAAGGAUUCUUUGUGACAGCGAAUUUUGACAGACAUUAGAACAGGUCAACACCGGUGGCUUGAACGCGAACUCGAUAUUCUGACCGCCCGGGGACAUCAUCAUGGCAUCUGCCGUGGAGGAAUAUCCCCCUGCUGACAAGUUUAUGGACAAGUUGACCAGCGCAGUUAAAAUGGAUCGGGACAGUGGACUCGCCAUGCUCACGAGACUUGUUAAAGGUGUCAACUGCGACGAAGGAGAGAGGAAACAUCUCAUAAAAUUGCUCCGAAGUCAGAUAGCGUCGAAUUUCACCGAGUUGGGCAACAAGGAGUGCGUAAUGAAUGGACACUUUUCAGACAAAAAGUUGGGUUGCUUGUCUGCCUCAUUGAUUCUCAUUACUGGAAUUUCCGACGUGGAGCAGGAACAAAUACAUCAAUUUGUAAUUCAAAUUAAGCCGGAUAUCUUAAACAUCAUGUGGGAUCAAGACGUAAGAGUUCGGUUGACUGCGGGUGAAGUGUAUGGUCAAAUAUGCAAAAUCCUUGGACCAUCUGUAUACUUGGAGUCAAAAUCAGCUAUUUUGGAAAUGUUGGAAACAGAAUUUCAGCGGAAUAAAGAGAUUGAAGGGAUGAUCAAGAGUCCAGAAACUCCGAUUGACCCAACGGGAGAAAUCGCUUCCUCAGAACCACAUAGUUCAUCAUCGUCGUCCAGUCCACAACUGGGGAUGAGUCCUGUAACAACACCUUCCAAUCCAAAUAUUAUGCUGUGCGAUGUACUCAAAGAGGCAACACAUAUUUUCCAAUCUGCAUCAUCCCCAGGAGCUCCUGCACCAAUUGAUGUUGCAAUGAAUCUCGGAUGUGCACAGCUAGAGAGCACAUUAAAAUGUUUGCAGUUUAUUGCGAAGGGUCUUGGAACUCAGUUUGGUCCUUUGAUUGAUAUGCACUUGCUGGAAUUAAUUUUCCCUUCUCUCCACCAUCAGAAUCGGUUUAUUCGAGAGGCUGGAUUUUAUCUAUGUGCUACGAUGAUUGAAUCAGGUAUUGAUUUAAAAUCAUUUGGGAAACGUCUCGCAAAAGAAAUAACAUCGGGCCUCGAAGAUUUCUGCAGCCAGUCAAGAAUUGCGGCAGGUGUGGCGUGCCGAAAAUUUAUGAUGAAUCUACCUCAAGAUUGCACAGAAUUUUUGCCAAUCGUACUUCCCCGGCUUUGCUUGUGUCGAUACUACAUGGCCGAUACAAAAUUCCUCUUGUACUCUCAAGAGUCGUGGAAGCUGAUCUUUGCUAUGGACGGACCACAGCUAGUUGGAAAAUACAUUGAUGACAUGGUUCGUUAUUACGUUGAAGCGACUGCUUCUGAUAAUCAUGCUGUUCGAGAAGCAGCCUGUUUGUGUUUGGGAGAAAUUGCUAGAAAAAUUGAUGGAAAAAUUGUAGCACCGUACGUUGUGGGAUUGAUGGAAACACUGAAACGGACUUUUCUCGAUGAAAGAUGGCAUGUUCGAGAUGCUGCGUGUUUAGCAUCUGGAUCAUUUUUUGUAAAUUUUCCCAGUCAAUGUCAGGGUCUUCUGGAGUCAGUGUUUCCUCUAUUUUUUGAAAACCUCCAAUUCCCAAUCUCCAUUGUUCGACAAGGUGCCGCAGCCGCACUCGCUAAUAUAAUUAGAGCGUAUGGGACAGCUGUACUUCCAAUGAUCAUGGAAAAAAUUAUUGCAGGACUUGAUGGGAUAGAAAACCAAUCUUCUGAAACUAGUGUGAAUGUUGACCUUCAAGUAUUCAAUCCUCAAUUGAAAUAUGCUUAUUCUCCUUGCCAUGAGGCAAACCCUCCUCAACCAUGGGAAGUGGGUGAUGGAUUCAUGUAUCUGAUUGGAGACAUUUCGCAAAUCUCAGAAUGUCAAAUUUAUCUUCCAACUCUAGUUCCUCUAGUACUGAAGGCAGCGCAGCACCGCUCAUACUCUCAGCACGUUGUUAUUUUAGAAACGACCUGCAAGAUUAUCCCUUGUAUUGUGAAUGGCAUUGGGAAACGACCCUUUAAGGAAUAUUUGCAACAGUGCUUUGAGCCUAUAUUCUAUAGCAUUGAAUGCGAAAAUUCAAUGACUGCUGCUGCCGGGAGGGCUUGCUUAAAAGAGCUCUGUACAAUUUAUGGCCCAAACAUUAUCAGAUCUCGAGUUGAGCUGUAUGAUCCGAGGUUCGUUAAUUAUGUGAAUGAAGGAUAAAAAACCCGGUGGAUGAAACUGCACGACUUAAUUAUUACUGUACCUGAACUUGUUACCAUUGUCAAACUUGUAUAUACGUAUUUAAAAGGACUAUACUUCCUAUAAAGUAGACGUCAUAACACUUAUAAUUGAUUCGUACCUUGUUGUUGGACUUAAGAGUGGAUGUUUUUUAAUUGCUAACCCACUAAAAUACUAGUUGUAUGUUUUUCGACAGUCGGAAAUUGAUUAAUUGCUAGAAUUAUACAGCCAUUAAUGAACCCCUCUCGAUUAAUGGUUUUUAUUUAAUUGUUGUGUCGAGUAUGUAUGUAUUGUGUAAGCAAUACAAGUUAUGUUCCAGUACCAUUAUUUACUAUCAAAGUAAGUAUAGAUCAAUCCCUGCAAGAGGUGAAGAUGUGUCAAAAUAUUGAAAAUACAAUUUUUUCGCCGGGAACGUCUCGUCUUUAUCUACAGGCUACAUUACUUGUGUACUAUCUCGGUGUCGCUCCUUACAAAUGGAAAACACUUUCAGAAUCUAAACAAAUAAAAAUUUUUACGUAU